AUGUCAGCCAUCCAGCCAUUGAAUCCGAAGCCAUUCCUGAAUCAACUCACGGGAAAGCAGGUCAUCUGCCGACUUAAAUGGGGCAUGGAAUACCGAGGUAGGGUUGUUUCGUUGCGGAAUUGUGUUGUUUAGAUAGAUGAAGACAUAAACUAGCGAUAUGAGCAGUUGUGAACCUAUCAGUUCAACGUCUUCCCUGAAUUUUUGACGAUAUAUCCAAACUUGCUUCAGGUUUCCUAGUCUCCAUCGACUCGUACAUGAACCUCCAGCUGCAGAACACCGAGGAGUACAUUGACGGUGUGAAUACUGGUGUGUUGGGCGAAGUUCUUAUCCGCUGUAACAAUGUUUUGUGGGUUUCUGGCGUGGAUGAAGAUUAG